GCUGCUCUUUCUGCUGCCUGACUUUGCCUCAGAUUGAGGGAGGAGGCUUUUUUAAAACCAACUCCCCUGCCCCCCCCCAUCCCAGCCACUUACCAAGUGAUUUGCUGUGAUGGAUUUCAGAUGGACAUGUGUAAGGCAUAUUCAGCGGAACCUGGUCAAGCCUAAGAAUUUGCCUAGAACGUUCAGAAGCACGAGAUGACAGACGAGCCCAUUAAAGAGAUUCUGGGAGCUCCAAAGCAUCCUGAACCUGUAACGAUGGAGAAGAGCAAUAACAGUGACUGCGUGGUAACCACUGUCCCUUUGGUCAGUGAGUGCCAGCUGACUGCAGCAACCGGAGGAGCGGAGCUGUCCUGUUACCGUUGCACUAUCCCCUUUGGCGUGGUCAUUCUUAUAGCUGGAGUGGUGGUCACCGCUGUGGCGUACAGUUUCAAUUCCCACGGCUCAAUCAUCUCCGUGUUUGGACUGGUCCUCUUGUCAUCUGGACUCCUCUUGCUGGCUUCUAGCGCCUUGUGCUGGAAAAUCAGGCAACAGCACAAGAAAGCCAAACGGCGGGAGAGUCAGACAGCGCUUGUGGCGAAUCAGAGAAGCUUGUUUGGUUAGAGAGACUACCAGGAAAACAUGGAACAGAAGAGAGCUCCCUUGUAAGUCAAUUUGACUAUUUAUUGAUCAGUCAGACCGCAGAAGGUUUUUGACUGGAUUGGAAUGAAAAUGGGUUGGAUUGAGAGACUCUAGGAGCAUCUUUGGAAUUGUUAGCAUCUGUCUUUUCACAGACUUACAAAAAGUGAUAUUUCUUCCAAGACAGACGGGGGAAAAAAGGUGGAUUUUUUUUUCCUUCACAGAAAACAAAUUUGUCAUAACUGCAGUCGAGAGAAUUAGUCAACACUCAGAUACUAUUGGAAAGGGAGCCCGGUUAACAAACAAGAAAAGAACUUAACCUGAUCUGAUGUGCCAGAAACCUGCUUAAAAAUAAUACGCACUGUGAGGUCUGACCAAGGGAGGAAUUGUAGCAUUUGAACAGAUGACAAAAAAACCCCAUGUGGCUAGAUUGCCUUUGACUUACGUUGUUCUAGGGAAAAACAAACAAACAUGGAAAAAAACAACUGUGAUUGCUCAAUAAGCUGAUGUGAGGAUGGCAGGUCAUUUUGGUUUGUCCCUAUGAGUUAUCAGUGGUACUUUUUUUAAAAAAACAGUAAUAUUAAACUUGUUUUACUAUUGAAUAGAGGUAGGUAGCUAUCUGUAAUUAUAUUUGUCCAACAUAAAUAACGAGGUAUGAGUAUAGCUUAAAAAAAAAAGUGAGUUUUUUGUAAAUUAAAGUGGUCGGAUUUAGCACUUUUUUGAUGAUUUUGAUAAAAAAAGAUUUAAAAUGUACAUUUCAUUUAAAAUAAUAAA